CCUUUAGAGAAACUGCCUGUUCUGGAUCAUGCAGGCUGUAACAUAUAAAAGCUGUUAGCAGCUCCUGUGGCCAGAAAGCUUCACAACCAGCAGAGUUUUGUUCUUUGGGGGUUUGUAAUAAGAGACACUCCUUCACAAAGGUUCAUAUCACCACAUAGGAGAGUGCUAUAUAUACUGGGAGAACAAUAGACUGUAUUCUUUUUUGGUAUUAUCCAGAGAUCUGUUCCCUACUGCCCUGACUUAAAGCAGAGUACCUCUGUGUCCUUUCUCCUCUGGUCCCAAAAUGACAGCAAUCACUGCAAUCAGUUGUGCUUUCUUAUUUUCCAUUCUCUGUGAAACAAGUGCAUUAGUGUUACCCAACUCCACUGACCUACUCCUGUCAAACAAUAAUUUCACUGACAUUGAGACGGCUUUGGCAGCUCAUCUGGACUCUGCAAAAAUUCCCAAAGCCAGGCGGAAGCGCUACAUUUCACAGAAUGACAUGAUUGCCAUUCUUGAUUACCAUAAUCAAGUCAGAGGCAAAGUCUUCCCACCUGCUUCCAACAUGGAAUAUAUGGUUUGGGAUGAAACUCUGGCCAAAUCUGCAGAGGCUUGGGCUGCUACUUGCAUUUGGGACCAUGGACCUUCCUACUUACUGAGAUUCUUGGGCCAGAACCUGUCUGUGAGAACUGGAAGGUAUCGAUCUAUUCUCCAGCUGGUAAAGCCAUGGUACGAUGAGGUGAAGGAUUAUGCUUUCCCUUAUCCUCAGGAUUGCAACCCCAGGUGUCCCAUGCGAUGCUAUGGACCCAUGUGCACCCAUUACACACAGAUGGUUUGGGCCACUUCCAACCGUAUAGGCUGCGCAAUCCACACAUGCCACAAUAUGAACGUCUGGGGAUCUGUUUGGCGACGAGCUGUUUACUUGGUAUGCAACUAUGCCCCAAAGGGGAAUUGGAUUGGAGAAGCACCAUAUAAAGUAGGAGUGCCAUGUUCUGCUUGCCCUCCAAGCUAUGGAGGCUCUUGUACCCACAACCUUUGUUUCCCAGGAGUAACAUCAAACUACUUAUAUUGGUUUAAAUAAGUUCAUGUUUACAUUAUUUAAAAACAAAACAAACAAACAUGGAUGAGUAACAAGAAGCUUGUAUAUUGAAUUUUGCACAUAUUAUAUAUAGAGAGAUCCUGUAAUAAUACUCUGAUGUUUUCUUUUUGUAUGCUUUUGUAUAAUUAGCUUUCAAAGUAUAGUAUAAUUUGUUUUAAACCCUUUGGGAUUUAUGACUCACAUUAACCCUUUUAGAUUAACAUUUUGUAAAGGUGAGCAAACUAAUUUUCACCUUAGCGAGUGUAGCUUCCUGAAGAUAGGUUCUGUUAAAAGCACAUUGAAAGGUACUGUCAACUUAUACCUAAAAUAUAAUAUCCUUUAAAAAAUAAUACGUCUAGAAAGAGAAGGGUCAUUGUUUAAUACUGUGCUUUAAAAAUGGAGUGUGACAUGCAACGAAACAAUUUGUCCUCACACUACCAAUGGUUCUUCCCAUUUACACCUGUGCUUUCAUCUGUAGUGUCUGGGACUCUGAGCAGAGGAAAACAUAUGUGCAAGAGAAACUGCAGGAUAUUACCUACCUCAUGCACAACAUUAAUUCAUUUAUAGUGUUUCAAGAGUUCAGCACACGGCUGCUGCUAUCAUCAAUGAUGCCUGUGUGCAGACAGGAAAAGUAGAAUAAGAAACCACACUGGCCAAGAUGCAGUAGCUGUUAACUCACAUGCCUAAUCUUAUCUAGAUAGAAAGCUACAUCACUAUAUAUAUACUGGUAUAAUCAAUACAGCCAAACAUUAUAUUCCCAUGUUUUUGAACAUUACAUUCACAAUGGUAUAAAUGUGCUUUGCUGCAAUAUAGUUUUUCCAGUACAGGAAGGCAAAGAAAUAUAUUUCCACAAAGCAGUCUAUAUCAAUACAUGACAUCCAAACUAAGCCCUUUACACUAUUAUCUUACCAGUAUAUGUGCUAUUCACCUGACUGAAACUCAUCCAGGUAAAACGUUAAGACGAGCCUAAAAGUAGAUAAUAGGAUUUCCAAAUAAAAUAUUAAAAAUUAAUUAGGCGACUUUAAAAUUUCAUACAGAUUUGUGAUAAAUAUUUCAAAUUUCUAAAGCAAUUGGCAGUGCCCUUUAAAAUAUGUUUUGCUAUUUCCUGAAAAUAUCUGUAUGAAUUAUUAAAAAACAAAUUAUUCACACCCUUUCUGUAAAAAACUGAACAUCUUAUGGGUGCUUACUAUAAUCCCCAGUGUACACCCAUAAAGAGGGCAUACAUUUCAAGCUAGACUACUAUACAGGUAGUUUUCUUGAAAAGGAGAUCAUAAAAAGGAGGAAAUCCAAUGUCUACCACAACUAGUAUGCCAUUGAAAUAGCCUAGAGUCUUGGCUUUAUAUUACAGGGUGGAAUUUAUUCCACUUUAAGUACAGGUGUUUACUGUGCUUGCACUGCUACAUUUAGACCUCUGAAAUUUACAACCUUUGAAAAAUAAUAUUGAGUAGAGGAAGCAGAACAACAGAGGAUAAUUCCACUGGUGCUGUGUGUCUUUAAGUCACUAAUUCAGACCUUUUGAGGGUGUUUGAGGCAGUCUGUUACUAGAAUAUGAAAUAUCAUAUUGGUGCUAAAAAACAAAAACAAACAAAAAACAACAAACCAACCAACCAACCAACCAACCAA